UUGAGGCGCAUGCUGCCGGAGAUGCGGCGGAAAAAUAAAAAAACCGCUUCAUAGCAUUUUCCCUCGAGAAUUUUCGUCCCAAGCGUAUGCUGCCGCCGUCAGGCCCCGCGUGCCAAUGGGAAUUGGGGACGGGGGAACGUCCCGCCUCUACUUUAUGGAAGGUUCAUGGAAGGCAGCAACACGUCCCUCCGUCUUUCACCAUUUUUUUUGGCCCGAAAUAUUCAAAAUCUCCCGCUUGUUUUUACCUCCUCUUCUCUCCAUCUCCUGUCGCCCCUGCGUGCCUAUAAUAAACUAAAACCGACGCUGUCGGCGUGGGUCCAUCUCCCGUCCCUUCAUCAAUCCUUCUCCUCUUCCGCCUCUUCCGCUUCUCCUACUCUGGCUGCCGUGCCCUGAUGGCGAAGCAGCACAAAGCCAAGAAGCCAGAGAAUCUGGGGAAGGGGAAGGUCACUCCCGUCCAGAUCGCGUUCAUCGUGGACCGCUACCUCGCCGACAGCAACUACACCAACACCCUCUCCGCCUUCCGAGCCGAAGCCUCCGAUCUCUUCUCCAAAACCAGGGGCAAAGAGGUGCCGAAAGGGUUGUUGGGGUUGGGGGAGAUAUUGGACGAGUAUAUAAGCUUGAAGGAGCAGAGGGUGAUGGUGGAUCAGGCGAAGCGGAGGGUCGAGAUGGCGUUGCAGGGCAUGCAAGACGUGAUCCGGGCCUACCACGCUGCUGGGAAUCCCGCUCUUCCGCCUUCACCCCCUCUCCUUCCUCCUCAGUUCGUGGCAACACCAAUGGCGCCGGUUCUUCCUGCCCCAUUCCCUACUAACGUGUCUCCUCCAGGUCAUGCUGCAAUCAGAACCUCUGUUGAGAAUAAUGCACAAACACCCAUUAUGCUUCCACAUAAAGUAACAGAACUUAACAAUGGUAUAACUCCAAUACCUAACUCUUCAUCUGUUAACAAGAGGAAGGCUUCAAUGUCUGAUUCGAAGGUUCCUUCAGCUCCAAAGAAGCCACAUACUGAAUCACCCACGGAGUCAUCCAUAUUAGAAGAUAAUGUGCUGACCUCGGAUGCAGCAUGCACCUAUAGCCGUCAUGAAACACAAAAAUCAGCUGUUCAGUCAACAUCCAAUCACCCAAUGAUUAAAUCUCCAGUUCAAGGGUGUUCUAUUGCAAAAAGCUUAUUCGAUCAAUUAUCUGAUUCUCAAACCAAUUCUUCUCCUAAAACCCCUCCACAAGCACUUCCUACGCAAGCUGACAAAUUAGCUAAGCCAGCAGGAACUCCAUCCUUUCAAAAGACCAAUGCUGCCACCUCCCAGCAAAUAGCUUCAUCCAGUUGCUUCUUAGUUGCUUCUGACACUAUCAUAGUCAGCCCUGUCAAAGGUAUGAGUUAUUAUGAUGUUGAGAGGAGCUACCAUAUUACUGCACCCUACAAAUCAAGUCCAGAGAAGCUUAGCAAAAGAGAACAUGUAAAAGGGAAGCUGGAUUUUGAUGAGCCUGAUGUACAUGUGCCGAUGAGUUCAGAAAAGGCAUCUGUCGGUGACAGUUCUACCUCUUCAAAUGAAGCUGAGGCAGCAGGAAGCUUUGACUUUGAUCUUCCAGAUUUUGAUAUGUUAGAUCGUGAUUUCUCCUUCUCUGAACUUCUAGCUGACAUUGAUAUUGACUUUGAAGAAAUUCCAUCUUGCCAGCCAGCCUCCACCCUUGCAGAUUCAAUUCCAGGGCCAGAGAACAAUGUAAACUGUGAAUUUUUCAAAAGAAAUCAAACAUUACCUGAUUCUAGUCUGACAACAUUAAGUGGUGCUCUUUCAGAGAAGGAAAUGAAUAUUCAAGGUCCUGAUACUGUAACCUCAUUAAGAUCUAUAACAAAGCGCAUCAGAAUUGUAAGUCCUGUUAAAACCAGGAGAAAUUGUUUAUUGGAACAAAACCACUCAUCAGCAAAAGCUUAGCUAGUCUUUAUCUGACAGUGUAGCUGACUUGCGUGUUCUAAAAGUUUUAGUGAUGAGAGAUGAUACUUCAUUUUCUAUCACAUUUGUUUUGCCAUCAAGGCAUUGAUUUAGCCUUCUGUAUUUAUAGUCUGUCUUUCAUCCCUUCUCUUUUGAACCCAUGUCUAGGCUGUGUAUUGUGCUUUUUUAUUUAAGGGCUUUUAAAAUUUGUUGACUUAGAUUCAUUUUUUUGAAUCUAUCAAUGUACACAUGCUCCCUUGAGAUUUAUUGCCAUUGCAAUUGAUGGAAAUCAUUGGUGGUCA